CAAAUAUCAAUGUAAGCGUCAGUUUGCAUGGAACCUCGAAUACAUUUAAAUGGUGUUUAUGAUGACGAGACGUUGUGUGUUCUUAGUUUGGGUACUAUCGAUCUUUGGUUCUCUCACUUUAGGAUGUGAGGAUGGGCUGUGGGGAUUGUCUUGUUCCUAUACAUGUGCUGAAGGAUGCCAAGAAGUGUGCCACACUUUGACAGGGAAGUGCAAUUGUACCGAUGGCUUUUACGGUCCACGGUGUGAUAAUACGUGCGGCUCAGGUUGUGCUGAGACGUGUGAUAAAGGUAACGGAUCGUGUGAAUGUAUUGAUGGCUUUUAUUCGAGUGGUAGUAGAUUUUGUAGAGAUAGAUGUGGCGCUGGUUGUCCGACAACUUGCCAGAAAUCAGAUGGAGCAUGCCCGGUUAAUUGCACUCUUGGUUUCUACAACUCCCGAUGUUCAUAUGGAUGUCCGACAGGAUGUCCAGAAACAUGUAACAGACAAACUGGUUAUUGUGAUGCAGAAUGUCAUGAUGGAUUUUAUGGACUGCAAUGUUCGCGAUGUGGUACAGGUUGCCCAGGAGUAUGCAAUAAAAGUGACGGGUCCUGUCCGUUGGAAUGUAUAAAAGGAUAUUAUGGAAACAGAUGCUCUUCUUCAUGCGGCUUCGGUUGUCCAGUUGCGUGUAAUAAAACAAAUGGACAUUGUCCAGAAAAGUGUAUUGCUAACACCUGGAAUAGUUUUUGCAGUUCUCCAUGUGGAUAUGGUUGUCCGGCCACCAAUUGCAAUGAAACAGACGGAUAUUGUCCAGAACAAUGCACGGGAAACUACUAUGGAUUGAGUUGUAGUAGUACCUGUAGUUCAGGCUGCGAGGAUCCGUGCAAUAAAACUACGGGCCAUUGCAAGUGUAAGCAGGGAUAUUAUAGAGACGGAUGCACCGUCCGUUGUAACCUCGAGUGUCUGCUUGGAUGCCAUCAGACUACAGCAGAAUGUAUUGUGCAAACUUGCGAUACUUGCCUGAAAGAUAUGUGCUACGUUAAUUCAAAAGAAUGCCUGUUUGGAUGUAAAAACUUUUACGAAGGUCAAGCAUGUAAUAAAUGUUCUCCCGAGUACUUUGGACACUAUUGUAAUCAAACAUGUUCUAAUGGCUGUCUUGCAAACGAAUGCGACGACAACAGUGGUGCCUGCGUUAAUGGCUGCCAGCCGGGGUAUACUGGUAUCGGCUGUGACCAAUGCGCAUCGGGACUGUGGGGUGGAGGCACAAAUGGAAACUUGAUUUGUUCAUCUACAUGUAAUGAAGGAUGUGCGAACAAUGCAUGUAACGACCGCAGUGGUAUAUGUUCUUUAGGAUGUAAGCCAAACAGGUUCGGACAUUAUUGUAACGCAAACUGCUCCACUAACUGCCGAUCGGAUGGCGAAACCACCCUCUGUUUCGCUGAUAAUGGCACCUGCAUAGGAGAAUGUCUGGACGGUUAUUUUCACCAUGAUUGCAGUCAGAAAUGUGAUGUCAAGUGUCGGAACACUAUAUGUGAUCGUGUAACAGGGAAAUGUGUCAACGCGAGCGAGGCAGAAAGUUUGACUUCUAUGGUGUUACCCUUAUCUGUUGGUGCUGGAGCAUUGGUCGUCAUUGCUGUGUUAGCAGUUGCACUGGCUUGCACUCGCAAAAGAUUAUCCCAUUCGAAGAGAGGACAGCGAUCCAACCGAGACUAUGAGGUUUAUUUCGCAAAUUCUUCAACGGCGGAAUUGCAGAUAAUUACCAAACAUGUUGGAACGGGGGGACCUCCGCCGAUACCGGAUAGCAGCGCAUACAGCGAAAUAUCAAUGUAUAACAACAUUCGAGAAGGCAUCGGAAAACAAGGCUAUGACAUUUUCAAAGGGUAGUAAUGUGAAGUAAAGAAUGUUCUGACAGUUGACACUCAGAAAAAGGACAAUGAAUAUCGUCGUUGGUGAACUUUGGGUUCAGCGGUAAUAUUGAUAAACCGCGAUAAGUAGAACUUGGUAUGAAUACACAUGAUGCAAGCAAACAACAUGGUGCUAUAGUUUUUGCUACGAAAAUAAAACUGCUGAUGCAAGUUUGUGCUUGGUAUUAAAUGUUAUGGGAAUUGUUAGGGUAAAUAAUUCAAAGAUCCACUUCUGCUUGUUGCUGUUUAAUUCAUUUGUCGCUCUGUCGACCAUGGCACAUGUUUGAAAUACUUUUGAAAAGUGGAUGUUACAAAAGCAAUAUCACCGAGUCACUCGGUGAAUCUGUAUUUAAAUGCUAUCUACAUUGUAUACUGUUUUCAAAUCAAAACAUUUGUGCAAGUACGUAUUAUUUCUUUCGAUACAUUUGCUUAUCUACACGUAAAUUGUCAUUUUAAAUUGUUAUGUUACACUUCAUCUUUUUCUUUUUAACGGAACAACUGUUAAAUUUAUCCCGUAUGUUCCGAUAUGUUUAUUUGUUUCUUAUACGAAACAUAAGUAACUCAUAAUGAGCUAACAUAUUUAUUUAAUGCUUAGUAUAUAUCUGCCAUUUUCAUUCUAGAAUUGUCACUUAACAAACAAUAGAAAUAUGUCACACUACUAAGUCAACUGCUGUGAAUAUAUGCAUGUUACCAUCACUAUGUUUUCAGUCCACUAUUUUUAGCAAUGCACUCAUAAAGCGGUAGGACUUACUAUUGACCAAAGAAGAUAGCAAAUUUUGAGUGAUAGUGCCCCAUAAUUGACCAGUUCUCUCAUCAUUUCAAAGAUAAUGAGCAAAUUCUUACAGUAAUUUCUUCUCUGAGAACUUCCCAAAUGUUCUCAUUGACCUCAGACCUGAACUGUACCCUUGUUCACUUGAGAACGUCGAUGUUUUGAUGUUGAAACUAAUGUUUUAAAUGCUUUGAGGUUUGUUAAGGAUCAUCGUCUUGCUGUAAAAUGAAGCCAUUCUCAAACAGUGUCUAUGAGUUAAAUGUCCCUCUACAAUGAAUGUGCAUACUUCACGUUGUCAUAUUUUGUUUAAACAUACACAGUGCAGGUCGUCCCCUGACUGCUACCCCACAUAGGGCACUAAGGGCGUUGGCCGCUAGUAAAGUACAUGUUCGCUAUCUCUGGUUUUCAUUUCAAUCUUUCAUCGGUAAAAUAACAUUUUUCCAGUUAAGUCGACAUAAGUUCCGAAAUACCUCGUGAACGUCUCGGGUACUGCGGAAUCAUGUACACGCCUAUUUUAUGUUGACAUGGCAGUAAACAUACAAAGAAAAUUGUCAAUAAUUUUCGAACAAACUGCAUCGGUGUAAUUCCCAUUUUAUUUACCACAAAACUUUAUAUUGGAGAAAUUAGUUUCUAUGGUCUAUGAAACGGGAUUCGUACCUCAACAUCAUUUAACAUUUACAUAGUGUAUACAUGUACUACUGUAUAUUUAAAAAAGGUAUUAUAAAACAUGUCGAUAUAAACAUUUACUAUUGCCUUUUAUUAAGCUUUAUUAUGAACAUAUAGUUAUAAUCAUCUGCAGAUAGCUUGAAAUAAAAUCAUGCUUACUUUA